AUGUUCCGCGCUUGCCGGUGUUGUAUGCAGAAAGUGCCAGACACAGUGUCGGACGAGAAGGUCGGCACCGGCAUGCUUGCCGCGACGUCGUUCGGGUGGGUGGCCAAGCAGGUUGACCUGCUGACGGGCGAGAAGGGUCGUGGUGCGGUGAGCAUCGAGAACAUCAAGACAAAGGGGCUAAAGUCGUUGCGAGACAGCAUGGUGGAGUACAUCUGCAAACGCAUCGACGAAAAGCGCUCUGCGGCGCCGACAUCACAAACCGCCGAUAGUGUGAUUGAUGACGACGGCGCGGAAAGACAGACGGCGCCCCAAGCAGUAGUUGCCGCCCAGCAUCAGGGGAACUCGAGGGUGUCCGCGGAAGGAGGAAACGGUGGUGGAGGAGGCAACGCUGCGACAGGUGGAGGAAAGAAGGAAGAGGAGGAGUCGGAGGAGGAUUCGGAGUCGGAGUCGGAGUCGGAGUCUGAGGAGGAGGCGGAGGAGGAGGACGAGGCGGUGAAGCGGAAGGACGAGGAGGAGGAGGAGAAGGACGAGAAGGAUGACGGCGAUGAGGAGGAGGAAGGGAAGGAUGAGGAGGGGGGAGGGAAGGAUGGGGAGGGGGACGGGAAGGAUGAGGAGGGGUUGGAGGAAGUGGUGGAGUUUGAGGUGGAGUUCGAAGAGGAGGAAGCUGUGGGUAAUGAGCUGGACGACGUCGAGCAGGUGCGACGGGAGAACUGGCUGUUGAGGGCGGAGAACGCUCGGCUAGCGACGUUGCUCGAUGCGGAGCAGGCUCGGCUGGACAGGUUUUUUGUUGGGAUGCGUGGACUCGUCGACCACGUGAAGGAGUUGGCCGAGCAGGUCGACGACACCGAGAAGUAUGCGGCGGAACAGCUGCGAAACGCGACGGCGGCCAUGUCGAAGACAAUCACGGGCAACAUCACCGGCAGCUUCGACGAAGCGUGGAAGACGAUGAAGACCUUAGCAGAACAGGCGACGGCGUGGUUGGAGGACUUCGACAACCCGCAGGGUCGUGUGGCAGUUGCACGCGCGGUAGCGGUCGACGCGUUGGCCGAGCAUGUGACUGGGGUGAUGGGCGAAGCGCAGCGGGGUUUGGAGCUGUACAUCACGACGCAACUAUCCGCCGUGCAGGUCAACAUCGCCACCGCUGUGACCACCAGGCUCCCCGUGCAGCCGCCGCCACCGCCUCCGCCCACGCCGCCCGCCCUCCCGGAAGAGCUCUUGAAGUCGUUCAAGGCCGACAUUAUGAAGGCGGUGACGGAGGCCACCCAGCAGUCUUUCGUCGCUUCCGGGAUGAAGAUGAUGGCCGAGAUGGUCGGCACUGUGGCGCCUGGUCGACGUGGGUCGUCGCCGUCGGCCAAUGACGCCGAUCACGCGCAACGGAAGACGGCCGACAAGCAGGGCCUGAAGAGGACGGGCGACGGAGACGACAAGGAGAGCGCGAAGGGCGACGCGAAGCGGAGCAAGGGAUCGGACGGGAGCCGCGGCUCGAAGCCUGCGCCACAGAGCGUGGUCGACCAGCUGAAGACGAAGGCGGGGUGGAGGGUGAUAAGGACGUCGAACACCAAGGGUGGCGGAAGCGGGACGGCAGAGGGUGGCCCUGCCGACGGGGUUGCAGCUAACGUCACCGCUCAGCCAGGCCCGCCUUUGGUCGCCGAGCAGACCCAUCCUCAGGCGAGCGGUGGGAAAGUCGUGACCGACAAGGAGGUCCCAACUUCUCAGGCGGCGGAAGAUGGCGGCGCCGGAACCACCAAGGGACCGUCCGUCGCUGUGGCGGCCAAGGGCAACGCGAAGGCUGCUUCUGCCACGGUCGCCGGCACCACCAAGUGCCCUCCCCGUAACCCCCCUGCGGCUACCAGCGCGCCUGCCGGCCAGUCAGGUGCGACCAAAGAUGGGGAGGCCCGUGCGGCCCCUCCAGCUCCAGGAGCCCCGGCUGCCGGCAAGGGCGGCGCGAAGGCUGCUUCGGCUAAGGGCGCUGCUCCGGCAUCAGCUAAGGGGCCCCCCGGUGCUGACGCGCUCUCCGCCGCAUGGAGGCACAUAGCAGGGACGUGCAGCAGCAUCCCGUGGUCGAAGCCGGCCUUGCCGGAACAGCACGUCGCUCCGUCACUCCGCAGGUUGCCGGCACAUCGUCCGGGGCCCCACCUGCAGCGCAUCCGGUCGCCGCCCCACCGCCUGCGGACUCCAAGUGCAGCUGUGGUCGAUGCGGCGGCGGAGAGGGGAGUGAGUGCAGCGCUAGCCACCGGCGGCCGCGCCGACAAGCAUGCCGCACUCGCUGCCGUCCUGGCCCAUUUUGAUGCAGCAAAACGCCCUGAGCACGCCCCUGCUCUGGCCAUCAUGGACACGGCGCAUGUGGGGCCGUCGGUGACCCACGGUGGGGGAUCGGCGGAGCCGACGGCUGCAACGGGUGCUGUCGCCGAGAGAAAUGCGGGAGGGAAGGGGAAGGUCGACACCGGGAAAGGGAGAGCGGUCUCUCAGAGGAGCACGCGAGCGAUGUCGGCGGGGAAGGAGAUGUCGGAAGAGAAAGGGAAGAAGGCGGAAGGGAGUCAGGACAAGAAGGGCGGCAAGGGUAAGCCGGCGAAGAAGAAGGAGAAGGCGGAGGAGGAUGACGAGGAGGGCGGCGAGGGAGAUAAAGAACGCAGGGGUCAUGGCAUCCGCCAAGACAGGUCCGGCGACGGGCAUGGGUGGGUGGGCGAGAUUAAGGUAAACGGACGGAAUCGAUACAUCGGCAAGUCGAGGGAGAAGAUGGAGCUGGCCUACGAGCACGCGAUUGCGUACGUCGUCUACGACGGCUACGUGAGCAAGGUGCUCAUGAAGGAGCUCACCGUCUUGAAGCCGGGGGAGUUGGAGAAAUGGAAGGAGGUGUGGGAGGAGGUCAAGUUCUUACCGACUGGGUUGUGGACGGUGAUGUGGGCCAGAGGCUUGUGCCAUCCGAGAGCAAGGAUCGACGACAUACUCGGCAGGUACCGUGGGUACGCGAGUUCGGGUGAUGCGCUUCAUGGGGUGCUCUGGCCGGCGAUCUGGUUCCCCAUCAUCGAAAACACGGAGGAAGGCAAGGAGGAGACGGAGGCUCUCAUGUCGGCGAUGGUAAAUCGCGUGUCGAUGUGCGCGGCGUAUGGGAAAGUCGCGGCGAGCGCGGCGUUUGGGAAGGUCGACGCGAGCGUAGAAGGGAAUGCGGGAGAGAAGACGGAGAUGGAAGGCGCGGAGGGGAAGGCGGACGAGAAGACGGAGAUGGCGGCCCAGGCGUUAGCGGCAUCUGCAUGCGCCCUCUGGUGCUUCGUGGAGACGGGAGCGUCGUUGUUCGGUGCUGUGGGCGAAGGGAAGGCGGCGGCGAUGGUGGCAGGUGCGGAGGAGGAGAGGGCCGAGGCAUUCAAGAAGGUGAUGCACGCGGUGAUCGACUUAGCACGCAAUCGGCAGGCUCCCGCGGGGGAGGUUGCCCAUAACGUCGCGCCAUCGCUGCAGCGCCACGCAGUGGUCAGGGCCUUCGAGGAGGGAGUUGAGGAAGUCGAGGCCGACAUGAUCGCCAGAGCGACGGUCGAGACCUUGGCGUUCUGGGGAAUGUGCCCCGUCGCCGGGCCCAAGCUAAAAGAGCAGGGCAUCGAUGUGCCGUGUGACGCGAAGAUGGAGUACGAUAUGGAUCACAGGGGGAGGAAGGGGGAGAAGGUCAAGCAGGGCAAGGGCAGCAAGAGGAAGAAGGGCAAGGAGGGCAAGGGCAGUACGGAUGCGUAG